UAUUAAGUAGCAGAUAGUGUAGAGUCUUCCCACUUGAAAAAGUCUUCUUAUCUGGGACCUCCGCAAAAGGAGCACUAAGUUUUCGUCUGUGCAUUGGCUAAUUGAAUCUCCUCCCGUGAAACUUUUUAUCCAUCAUUACGCAGAAGGGCAUUUCCAAAGAGACGUUAUUGUUUUUCUAUGCUGAUAUCAAACUUGGGAAACAACAUUUACACAGCCCCAUUCAUGUUCUUCUGAGCCAGUGACAAAAUGAAGAUAAAGCUGUCUUUGGCAGCGGCUGCCUUCCUUGCUGUGCUACUAUCCUCCGUCGAGGCCCAAGAAGUUGAACCUCCAUCAGAUUUGAGAUUUAAGAUUUUAAAUGAGAACACGGUACAGAUGGCAUGGAAAGCGCCGUUAACAUGGAUAGAGGGUUUCAGGAUACAGGUGGCCUCAGAAACAGACGAACCAACAAAAGACAUAACCCUCCCUGCCACUGCCACUAAAACAUCCAUCACAGAUCUGACUCCAGACAAGGACUAUACAGUAACAAUUAUCUCAUACUCUGGAUCGCAGGAAAGUCUGCCCAUAUCAGGACAGCUUACAAUCCAAUCAAGUGGCACAGCACAAGGAGGUCCCAGGAAACCACAAGUUACAGAUGCAGUCAAGUGCUCGUUCAGUGCCAUCGCAGAUCUGGUGUUCCUGGUCGAUGGUUCGUGGAGCGUUGGCAGAGAGAACUUCAAAUACAUCCGUAGCUUCAUCUCUGCCAUGGCGGGGGCCUUCGACAUCGGGGAGGACAAGACCAGGGUCGGUGUGGUGCAGUACAGCACUGAUACCAGGACUGAGUUUAAUCUCAACCAGUACAUGAAAAGGGGGGAGCUUCUAAGAGCCAUCAACACACUGCCUUACAAGGGUGGCAACACAAUGACAGGUGAGGCCAUGGAUUAUCUGCUGAAAAACACGUUCACUGAGGCGAGCGGUGCCAGGAAAGGGUUCCCGAAGGUGGCCGUGAUUAUCACAGAUGGAAAGUCUCAAGACCCAGUGGAGGCGAUCGCCAAGAAACUCAGGAAUAUGGGGGUGGAGAUCUUCGCCUUGGGUAUCAAAGGAGCAGAUGAAGACGAGCUAAAACAAAUGGCUUCAAAACCUUAUAGCACCCAUGUCUAUAAUGUCCUCAACUUUGAUCUCAUCAAGGAUGUGCAGAAAGAGCUUAUUACCCAAGUGUGCUCAGGGGUGGAGGAUCAACUCAACUCGCCCAUAAGCGGAGAGGAAGUCGUUGAACCACCGUCAAACCUCCAAGUUGUAGAGGUUGCCUCCAAGUCAAUGAGGGUGACAUGGGACCCUUCUGUGGGAGAUGUGUCUGGUUACAAGCUCCAGCUGAUCCCUAUGAUGGUCGGCAGCAGGCGCCAGGAAAUGUACGUCGGCCCCGGACAGACUUCCAUGAUGGUUCGAGACCUGUCCCCGGACACGGAGUACCAGAUCAGCCUGUUCGCACUCAGAGGCCUGACUCCCAGCGAGCCCAUCAUGGCCAUGGAGAAAACUGAGACAAUCAAAGUGUCUCUUGAAUGUUCUCUUGGAGUGGACGUGCAAGCUGAUGUAGUCCUUCUGGUCGAUGGCUCGUACAGCAUAGGACUGUCCAACUUCGCCAAGGUCAGAGCUUUUCUGGAAGUGCUGGUGAACUCAUUUGACAUCGGACCAGACAAGAUCCAGAUCAGUUUGGUCCAGUACAGCAGGGACCCUCACACAGAGUUCUACCUGAACACCCACCGUGACCUGAGUGCCGUGGUCAAGGCGGUUCGGACGUUCCCCUACCGCGGUGGCUCCACCAACACCGGCAAGGCCAUGACCUACGUCAGGGAGAAGAUAUAUUUGGCCAACCGGGGAUCGCGGCUGAACGUGCCCCGCGUCACCAUCCUCAUCACGGACGGUAAAUCGUCGGACUCCUUCAAGGACCCGGCCACCAAGCUGAAGAACGCGGAUGUGGAGGUCUUUGCCGUGGGCGUGAAGGACGCCGUGAGGGCCGAGUUGGAGGCCAUAGCCACUGAGCCCGUGGAGACCCAUGUGUACACCGUGGAGGACUUUGACGCUUUCCAGAGGAUCUCGAAGGAGCUCACCCAGUCUAUAUGCCUGAGAAUCGAGCAGGAGCUAAUUUCCAUCAAGAAGAGAAGCUUACUACCGCCAACAUCCUUGAGCUUCUCCGAGGUGGCCCCAAGGAGCUUCAGAGCCACGUGGGAGAACGAAGCCCCCAAUGCCCUGUCCUAUCUGGUCCAGGUCAGACCGGCUGACGAUACCAACGGGAACUUUGUCUCCAUGUCCGUGCCCGGUGACACGCUCAGCACUCUGCUGCCUCACCUCACGCCUGCCACACGUUACGAGGUCAACGUCUUUGCCCAGUAUGUGGAAGGAGACAGCUUCCCUGUGAAUGGAUUCGAGACCACGCUAGAUGAACAAGGUUCCGUGCGCAACCUGAGGGUCUCUGAGGAAACGGCCGAGAGUUUCCGGGUGUCAUGGGCAGCGGCGCCGGGCGCUGUGGUUCGGUAUCGUUUGAGCUACGUGCCGAUCAGGGGCGACAGUCCAACGCUGGAGACAACCACCACGGGUGAUCAGACCACCGUCAUACUGCCGCAACUUCUCCCCAUGACGACGUACCAUGUGUCCGUGGUGCCGGAGUACGAGUCAGGCCCUGGCCGGGAGAUGCAGAUCGACGGCACCACCAAAGAAGCGCGAGGCUCUCCACGUGACCUGCGGGUCUUCAACCAGACUGUGUCCACCAUGAAACUGUCGUGGGCGCCGGCGCCGGGCAACGUGCUCCAGUACCGCGUCAGUUACCGUCCUUCAGAGGGAGGCGCGGCGAAAGAGGUGUCAGUGAAGGGCGGUGACACCAGUGCCCUCCUGAAAAACCUGGAGCCCAGCACCGAGUACGACCUGACUGUCAGGGCACGCUACUCCUCUGGCCUGGGGGAGCCUCUGAAGGGGAAAGGGACCACGCUAGAAGUACUGGGCUCCCCCAAGAACCUUGUCACCAGCGACGUGACAGAGGACAGCUUUGCGGUUUCCUGGACAGCUGCCCCUGGGAAUGCAGAGGUCUACAAGGUCCGCUGGAGGUCUAUGUACAGCAGCGAGUCCGGGGAGAAGACCGUCCCUGGGGACGUUACAAACACUGUCCUGGAGGGACUCACCCCAGAGACCCUCUACCAGGUCUCGGUUACCGCUGGUUACGGCAGAGGAGACGGAGACCCACUGACAGGACUGGAAACCACUGACGUGUCGGCAGCAGCGAAGGCACUGACUGUGUCCGAUGAGACCGAAAACAGCAUGAGGGUGACGUGGACGGCCGCGCCGGGUAAAGUUAUCAACUACCGGGUGAGAUACUCACCCGCGGGUGGCGGCAAAGAGAUGGCCGCCAAGGUUACCGGCACCUCCACCGUGCUAACACGCCUGAUGCAUAAGACCACCUAUGACAUCACGGUGCACCCCAUCUACAAACGCGGAGAAGGAAAAGCAAGGCAAGGAGUAGGAACGACACUAUCACCCUACAAGGCCCCCAGGAACCUGAAGACUUCUGAGCCUGACAAGUCCAGCUUCAGAGUGUCCUGGGACCCAGCCCCUGGAAAUGUGCGUGGCUACAAGGUCACCUUCCACCCCAGUGGCAACGAUGUUGACCUGGGCGAGCUGGAGGUCGGCCCCUAUGACAACACCGUGGUGCUAGAGGAGCUCAGGGCUGAAACAAAGUACUCUGUGGCUGUGUUCGGGAUGUUUGACGGAGGCAGCUCUGAUCCUCUGGCAGGAGAGGAGAAUACUACCCUCUAUGAAAGACCAGAAGUGGAGUUGAAGCCUUCGAACGAAUUCAAGUGUAAGACCCAGGCCAAGGCUGACAUCAUCCUUCUUGUCGAUGGCUCAUGGAGUAUUGGCCGACUGAACUUCAAAACGAUCCGCACCUUCAUCUCUCGCAUCGUUGGUGUCUUUGACAUCGGCCCGGAGAGAGUCAUGAUCGGUAUGGUCCAGUACAGUGGAGACCCCAAGACUGAGUGGCAUCUGCAUUCCUACCCAACUCGUGAUGGGCUGCUCAAGGCUGUGGCCGACCUUCCCUACAAAGGAGGAAACACAAUGACAGGCAUGGCCUUGAACUACAUCCUCGAUAACAACUUCAAGCCCAACGUUGGCCUGCGUAAAGACUCCCGCAAGAUCGGUGUGCUCAUCACAGACGGAAAGUCGCAGGACGACAUCAUCACCAACUCCCAGAGGCUGAGGGAUGAUAACAUUGAGCUCUAUGCCAUUGGUGUGAAGAAUGCUGACGAGAAUGAGUUGAGGUCCAUUGCUUCAGACCCGGAUGAGAUUCACAUGUACAACGUGAAUGACUUCUCCUUCCUGAUGGACAUAGUGGAUGAACUCACCAUCAACCUCUGUAACAGUGUCAAAGGUCCAGGAGAAAGUUUGGAGCCUCCAUCCAACCUUGUGACCUCCGAGGUGACCCACUACUCCUUCCGUGCCUCCUGGACUGCUCCAGACGGUCCAGUGGAAAAGUACCGCAUUGAAUACACGCCUGUAGCGGGAGGAACCACCAAACAGAUGUCUGUUGACGGGACAGUCACCACCGCGGUCCUGACCAGUCUGACCCCUCUUACCGAGUACGCGGUCAACGUCUUCUCCGUGGCUGGAGAGGAGACCAGCGCUGACCCCUUAAAAGGCACUGAAACCACUUUACCACUGCCGGGGGUGAAACAGCUGAACGUGUACGACGAGACCAUGACCGCCUUUAAGGUGCGUUGGAGGAAGGCCCAAGGGGCGACGGGCUACAUGCUCCUCUACAGCCCCAUCAACGGCACGGCGCCCCAAGAUGAGAAGGAGAUGCGAGUUGGGGCAGAUGUGAACGACGUUCAGCUGAAGGGCCUAACCCCUAACACCGCGUAUUCACUCUCCCUGUUGGCUCUGCACGGAGAAGACGCCAGUGACCCGCUCGUGGACCAAGGAGUCACCUUGCCCAUGCCACCAGCGGGCAAGCUCAGGAUUACCGAUGUCACCCACAGCACCAUGAAGCUCAACUGGGAUGCCGCCCCGGGGGCUGUCCGCAAGUACGUGAUCAGGUACAAGCCGGAGGACGGAGAGCUCAAAGAGGUGGAAGUCAGUGGCGAUACAACAUACUUGCCUCUUGCCAACCUCAUCUCACAAUCUGAGUACAAUGUUGCCGUCACACCAGUUUAUGAUGAAGGUGAUGGAAACCCGAUGCUUGGAGAUGCUAUUACAGACGUUGUCCCUGCGCCACAGAACCUGAAGUUCUCUGAAGUGACCCAAACCUCGUUCAGGGCCACCUGGGAACAUGGGGCUCCAGACGUGGCCCUCUAUCGUAUCGGCUGGACCAAGAAUGGAGAGAACAACUUCCAAUACGCUAUCCUUAGCAACGAUGAAACUACCCAUAAUCUGCAAAAUCUGGACCCGGACACCCUGUACGACGUGACCCUCACAGCCAUCUACCCAGACGAGUCGGAGAGUGAGGACCUGUUCGGCACGCAGCGCACGUUGUUAAAGAUGCCCACACCCGCUCCCACCGGACCGCCACAGAACCUACAGGUGUUCAAUGCGACAACGGUCUCUCUGACGGUGAAGUGGGACCAUGCCCCAGGCCCUGUCCAAAACUACAAGAUCUCCUUUCAGCCUGUGGCUGGGGGCAAAGCUCUCUCAACACAAGUGGGUGGGAAGAAGAACAGCGUUAUCCUCCAGAAGCUAACGCCUGACACGCCCUACUCCAUCACCGUGGCUGCAGUGUACCCCAGUGGCGAAGCGAAAAGUAUCUCAGGGCAAGGAAAGACAAAGCCUCUUGGUGGAGUGAGGAACCUGCAGGUGACCAAUCCCACGAUGACCACACUGAACGUGAAAUGGGAGCCGGCCGAUGGGAAAGUCAGGGAGUACAAAGUGAUCUAUGUGCCAGCAGCUGGUGGAGCAGAGAGCAUGGAGACUGUGGCCGCUUCGGCCACCAGCACUGUUCUGAAAAGCCUCCAGCCAGACACCCUCUACACCGUUUCACUGGUGCCGGUCUACGAAGUGGGAGAUGGCCAGAAACAGUCUGACAACGGAAGGACAAGGCCCAUUGGUGGAGUGAGAAACUUGCAGGUGACCAAUCCCACAAUGACCACUCUGAACGUGAAAUGGGAGCCGGCCGAUGGGAAUGUGAAAGAAUACAAAGUGACCUAUGUGCCAGAGGAUGGCGGAGCUGCUGAGGCAACGGAGACUGUGGUCGCUUCGGCCACCAGCACUGUUCUGAAAAGCCUCCAGCCAGACACCCUCUACACCGUUUCACUGGUGCCGGUCUACGAAGUGGGAGAUGGCCAGAAACAGUCUGACAUCGGAAGGACAAAGCCUCUCAGUGGAGUGAGGAACCUGCAGGUGACCAACCCCACCAUUACCACACUGAACGUGAAAUGGGAGGCAGCCGAGGGGUCAGUCAGAGAGUACAAGGUCAUCUACGUGCCGGCUGCGGGCGGAGCUGAGAGCGUGGAGACUGUGGGCGGGACGAAUACAGUCUUGAAGGGCCUUACGCCAGAAACCCUUUACACUGUUUCGGUGGUGCCUGUCUAUGACCUGGGAGACGGCAAGAAGAUGUCAGAGAACGGGAAGACAAGACCCGUUGGCGGAGUGAGGAACCUGCAGGUGAUCAACCCGACCAUGACCACCCUGAACGUGCGCUGGGAACCGGCCGAUGGGAAAGUCAAAGAGUACAAAGUCAUCUAUGUGCCUGCCGCCGGUGGAGCUCCUGAGGCAAUGGAGACUGUGACGGCCACCACCACCAGCACAGUUCUGAGGGGCCUUCAGCCAGACACCAUCUACACCGUCUCACUGGUGCCCGUCUUCGCGGAGACAGAGGGCAAGAGGCAGUCUGAGAACGGGAAGACAAGACCGUUGGGCGGGGUGAAGAACCUGCGGGUAACCGAUCCCACCAUGACUUCUCUGAAGGUGGACUGGGACCCAGCGGACGGAGCCGUGCGCCAGUACAAGAUCUUCUUCGUUCCUGAGGCUGGAGAAACACCUGAGGAAAUGGAGCAAGUGCCUGGAGCAACCACCAGUAUUGUUUUGAGAAACCUCAAGCCCGACACUCCGUAUACAAUAUCUGUCUUACCUAUUUACCCGGCCAGAGAAGGAAGACGUCAGUCAGAAAACGGACGAACGUUGCCAUUGGGUGGAGUGGCCGGUCUGCAGGUCAUCAACCCCACCCACACCACCCUCACCGCCACCUGGGACGCCGCUGACGGCAACGUGCAGGGCUACAAGAUCAUCUACACUCCUGUCACAGGAGGCCCUGAGCUCAUCGAGCAAGUCUCGGAGAGCACGACCACCUCGGUUCUGAGGAGCCUCUCGCCAAACACCAAGUACAGAGUGACGGUCGUGCCGGUGUACGCGGAGGGAGAUGGUCCGACCCAGACCAAGGACGGAACCACAAAACCCCUGGGCUUCGUGAAGAACAUGCAGGUUUACCAGCCCACCACCAGCACCCUGAAUGUGCGCUGGGACCCAGCCGAGGGGAAAGUGCGCGAAUACAUCAUCGUCUACGUCCCGGCGGCCGGCGGGGAGCAGGACGUGGACCAGUUGUCUGGAACAACAACCAACACUGUGCUGAAGGAACUGACCCCAGACACGGAAUACACUGUGACUGUGGUGCCAGUCUACGAAGAGAUGGAGGGACUCUCUAGGUCCCAGAAUGGAAAGACAAAUCCUUUGGGAGGAGUGAGGAACUUGAAGGUCACCAACCCCACCAUUAACAGCCUGACAGUUCGUUGGGACCCGGCCGUCGGUGAUGUGCGUAACUACAAGGUCUUCUACGUGGCCAAGCCGGAUGGGACGGAACAAAUGGAGCAAGUGUCAGGGGGCACCACCAACCUUGUCCUGCGUAACCUGCAGUCCGAUACUCAGUACAACGUGUCUGUCGUCCCAGUUUACACAGACGUGGAGGGGAUCUUGCAGUCGGACCAGGGAAAGACAAAGCCGCUGAGUGGAGUGAAGAACCUGCAGGUGACAGAUCCCACCACCAACUCCCUGAGGGUACGCUGGGAGCCAGCCGAGGGGGACGUGCGCCAGUACAUUGUCCUCUACGCCCCGCUUGCUGGAGGACCUGAGUUCACGACCACGGUUUCUGGGAUGUCAACCAACACCAUUCUUAGGAACCUCGUGCCAGACACACAGUACAAGGUGACAUUGGUGCCUAUGUACGGGGAUAUCGAAGGGAAGAGAAACUCUAAAAACGGAAAAACAAAGGCGUUGGGAGGUGUGAAGAACCUACAGGUCACUGAUCCCACCACCAGCUCCCUGAAGGUGCGCUGGGAGCCGGCGGAGGGCAACGUGCGCCAGUACCGCCUCUUCUACGUCCCCACAUCCGGUGGAGCUGAGGACAUGGAGCAGGUGUCGGGAGGCACGACCAACACCAUCCUGAGGAACCUUCUAUCAGACACACCCUACACCGUCACAGUGGUCCCUGUCUACCCAGAGGGAGAGGGCCAGCGUCAGGCAGACAAAGGAAAGACACUUCCACGCACCCCUCCCAAGAACAUCCAGGUGUACAACCCCUCCCCCAACAGCCUGAAUGUACGCUGGGAGCCCGCCUCCGGCCAGGUGCAGCAAUAUCGCGUCACCUAUUCCUCACUGUCUGGAGUCAGACCCUCUGAGACGGUCCUGGUCCCGGGAAACAUCAACACUGCCUUCCUGGAUUCGCUCAUUCCCGACACGCCGUACUCCGUCAGUGUUCAGGCUGUGUACGCCGACGGGGAUGGACCACCACUGAAGGGAAACGGCAAAACAUUGCCUCGUGGUGGACCAAGGAACAUGCGUGUGUUUGAUGCCACUACCAACACCCUGACGAUCGGCUGGGACCACGCUGAAGGUCCUGUUCAGCAGUACAAGAUUGCCUACGCCCCCACCACCGGAGACCCCAUCACAGAGUUUACGGUUGUCCCUGGCAACAGAAACAAUGCCCUUCUGCAGAACCUGCUUCCUGACACUCCCUACAACAUCACUGUGGAGGCUGUCUACGCCGAUGGACCAGGGGGAACGCUGAAUGGGCCUGGACGCACGGUGGGCCUGCUGGAGCCCAGGAACCUGCGCAUCUCUGACGAAUGGUACACCCGGUUCCGCGUGGCAUGGGACCCCUCGCCGUCCCCGGUGCUCGGAUACAAGCUGGUCUACACGCCUGCGGAGGAAGAUCAGACGAAGAGUUUGGACGUGUUCGUGGGCGACGUGACAUCGUACACACUCCAGAACCUCCUGCCCGGCACCACCUAUGAUGUCAAGGUGUUUUCUCAGUACGGUCCCGGCUUGAGCGGGGCCCUCGAGGGAGAGGGAACGACACUGUACCUGAACGUCACCAACAUCGACACCUACAACGUCGGCUUUGACAAGUUCUGCGUCCGCUGGAGUCCUCACCGGGCCGCCACGUCCUACCGGAUCAAACUCAACCCGCUGGACCCCUCUAGUAAAGGGCAGCAGGAGAUUACCAUUACUGCGGGUCAGAGUCAGUACUGCUUCAGUGGCCUGUCCCCUGAUGCUCUUUACAGCGCCACAGUGUUUGUUCAGACCCCCAACUUGGAGGGCCCUGGAGUCAGCGCGAAGGAGAGAACCUUGAUCAAGCCUACCGAGGCACCAACACUACCUCCCACUCCUCCGCCGCCUCCAACCAUUCCCCCCGGGUGGGCAGUGUGCAAAGGUGCCAAGGCAGAUGUGGUGUUUCUUAUCGAUGGCUCGUGGAGUAUCGGAGAAGAGAGCUUCAAGAAAGUAGUGCAGUUCGUAUUCAACAUGAUUGGAGCCUUCGAUGUCAUCGGAUCCACAGGAAUGCAGGUGUCGUUUGUGCAGUACAGCGACGAAUCAAAAACGGAGUUCAGGCUUAACACCUACUCAGACAAAGGCACCGCUCUGGCUGCUCUACAGCUCAUUCCGUACAGAGGAGGAAACACAAAGACAGGUGUUGCUCUGAAGCACGUCAAAGAGAAGGUCUUCAUCUCCGAAAACGGAAUGAGGAGGAACGUCCCGAAAGUGGUUGUGGCAGUCACCGACGGCCGCUCUCAGGACGAGGUUAAGAAAAGCGCUGCUGCAUUGCAGCAUUCUGGCUACAGCGUGUUUGUGGUUGGCGUCGCCGAUGUGGAUUUUACUGAGCUGCAGAACAUCGGCAGCAAGCCGAGCGACAGACACAUCUUCGUUGUGGACGACUUUGAUGCCUUUGCCACUAUCCACGACAACCUUGUCACCUUCAUUUGCGAAACAGCAACAUCUUCUUGUCCCCUGAUAUACCUGAAUGGAUUCACAUCACCCGGCUUUAGGAUGCUGGAGGCGUUCAACCUGACAGAAAAGACUUAUAGCUAUAUCAAGGGAGUGUCUAUGGAACCUGGCUCCUUCAAUACCUACACCGCCUACCGACUCCAUAAAAACGCCUUACUCACCCAGCCCACCACAGAGAUCCACCCAGUUGGACUGCCCCCCUCUUACACCAUCAUCAUGACCUUCCGCCUCCUCCCUGACACGCCCACUAGCGCCUUCGACAUCUGGCAGGUGUCAACAAAGGACCACAAGCCUGAAGUCGGGGUCACCGUCAAUCCUUCUAGCCAAACAAUAUCGUUUUAUAACAAGGACACGAGAGGAGAGAUCCAGCGGGUCACGUUCGACACUGAUCAAGUGAAGAGAAUAUUCCAUGGAAGCUUCCACAAGCUGCACAUCCUUGUCUCCCCUACCUCGGUUAAGCUGAUCCUUGACUGCCAAGAGGUGGCGGACAAGGAGAUCAAAGAAGCUGGAAACACAUCCAUGGACGGCUAUCAGGUUCUGGGCAAAAUGUCCAAGUCCAUCGGCUCCACGGGGGAAUCUGCGACUUUCCAGCUCCAGAUGUUUGACAUUGUGUGCACCCUGGGAUGGACGAGCAGAGAUAGAUGCUGUGACCUCCCAUCUAUGAGAGAUGAGUCCAAAUGCCCGUCCCUUCCCAACGCCUGCACCUGCACCUCGGAGAGCACAGGACCCCAGGGGCCACAGGGGGCAGUGGGCGCACCAGGUAGCAAAGGUCCCCGGGGUGAAAGAGGUGAAACCGGCCCAGCUGGUCCAAUUGGACCGCGUGGAGAUCCAGGAUUGCCAGGACCUAUGGGUCUGCCCGGCCCUCAAGGACCCAGCGGGCUGUCUAUUCCUGGAGAACCAGGUCGCCAAGGACCAAAAGGAGAGCCUGGUGAUUCUGGGCUACCUGGACAGAAAGGUCCACCUGGGACAGCUGGGACCGCCGGUCCAAUUGGGCCUGCUGGACCGAGGGGACCACCAGGAAAGGAGGGACAAGCUGGAGCCAGAGGUCAGACAGGACCAAUGGGACCUCCUGGGUCUCCUGGAAUGCCUGGACCUUCGGGAGAACCAGGAAAGCCUGGUGAUGCAGGCAUUCCGGGAGCUGCUGGUAUGAAAGGAGACAGGGGAGAAAGAGGCGACUUUGCUCCUCAGAACAUGAUGCGAUCUAUUGCCAGACAAGUGUGUGAGCAGAUUGUAAAUGGACAAAUGAGUCGAGUCAAUUCGAUGCUGAACCAGAUACCCAAUGGUUACCGAAGCAGCAAUAACCCAGGUCCCCCCGGACCCCCAGGGCCCAAUGGCAACCAGGGUCCCCGUGGAGAGCCUGGACAGGCAGGCAGGAAUGGAUUCCCAGGAAGCCCUGGACAACCUGGCCAGCAAGGAGAAAGAGGCCCUCCAGGAGAGAAGGGUGAUCGUGGGACUUCGGGAGUCGGAGAGAGAGGACCGAGAGGACCUCCUGGCCCACAAGGCGAGAGUCGGACUGGCCCCCCAGGCCCAGCAGGUUCCACCGGACCCCGGGGCCCUCCUGGGCGUCAAGGGUUCGCAGGAAUCAGGGGCCAACCUGGCAACCCUGGCUACUGUGAUUCCUCCCAGUGUGUCGGCAUUCCUUACAAUGGUCAAGGAUACAGAGGUUCACCAUAGUAAACUUUCUAAAUCGCCUGUGCUGCUUUCACUUUGAAUUCCUGAAAAAAAAAGUCCCGUAACUGAGAUACUUGCUCACACGCUCUAGCUGUUUGAGGAUAACCACCAAAGGAUAACAUUAACAAACUAUGUUGAGAAAGACAAGACAAACGACAUCACGGACUGGUACUAACAACAUUGUAGAGCAACUAGAACAAACAAGCAUCGGUGAUGGCAUCAACGUAGUGGCCUGUUUGCAUCUUGAAGCAAAAAGAAGGAACAGACAAAGGCCUUCUAUCGGAUGGAGAAGCAUGUACAAACAAACAAAAAAACAAAACAAAAAAAAUUACUAACCAGGUGGGAUUUUGUAGCAGAUGAGAAACAACAAUUUCAAGAACAACAACAUUAACAUGGUUACUCUGAGGUGAUAUCUGUAAAUAAACUAAUUGUGCCUUGUAAAUGAUGUUUGAAUAACAUCCACUAAACUUAGUUUUAACACCUGUACGUACGCUUUUGCCCUGUAACCCGCUUCUUGCCUGAUGCCAACAUGAAUGGCUGUUCCUGUAGCUACCACACAUGCACAGUUUGCUCAGGGCCAUAAUGAAACAGCUUUUCAGACCAUGUGACUCUGGAGGUUUAGCUUUUCUCUCUUAGUACACAGUAGUACCAUUCUAAGAAUCAUCAUUCAUUUAUUCAUUCAUGCAUUCACUCUUCAUUAUUUCUCUAUGACUGCCAGUUGGUGACCUCUGUGUUAUAAGGAAUAACUUAAUUAUUCCAAAACGUAUGAAUGAGUAGGUGGUAGAACUAGUACUAGAUUAUUUUCAUUCUUUGUGUUGAUAUUUUGUAAAAUGAAUGAGUUGCCACAAAUUGCAAUGAGGAUUCUGUUAAAUUAUCUAACCCAUUCAACACUUAAUCUUUACUAACAUGGCAUUGAUAAACUCACCCGGGUAUUAAAAAAAAAUCGCACUGAAUUGUUUACAAAGCCUUUCUAUCAGUUCCCUUGAAUUACAGAAACAACAUGUGACUCAAUUUACGCAUGUCACCAAGGAAACAUAACACAAUUCAUUCUGUGCAUGUUGAGAUAUAUAUAUAUAUAUUUCUAUAUAUAUACUCUGCAAAAUACACUCGUUUUCAAUUGGCGUAAAAUACUAUUUCCAACCAGAAUCAUAUCCACCAGAGCCUGAGACACAAGUAGACCCAAUAACCGAAGAAGAUGAAUUUGAGGUCUCUCAAAACCAACGUCGAAAGAGAUCACUAUCAAGAAGGGAA